GGUUUCUUCCUGUUCCCCCGUGCCUCCUUCUCGCUGCGAGGCCGGUACAAGCCCCAGCACAUCUUCUUUGGCAUCGCCCUCUUCAUCCUCUCCAUCGCCUCCUGCUUGCUGGGCAUCACUGAGAUGCUCCUCUUCAAAAUCAGUGAUUCCUACAGCCACUUUGUGCCCGAGGGCGUCCUGGCCAACAGCCUGGGGGUGAUGUUGGUGGCCUUCGGGCUGGUGGUGGGCUACAUGGUGACACGGGAGGAGUGGAAGCGCCCGCCGCUGGCCGAGGAGUUGGCCCUCUCCAUGGACUUCAAGACCCUGACGGAGGGAGAGAGCCCAGGUGGUGGCAGCCAGUGACACCCCCAGCUCCCUGAUCCCUGGCACGGGCUCCUCGUGGUGUCAGGGUGACGAGGACAGCUGGGGAAGGCCACGCUCUUGGUGCAACGCUGCCCACUGGACUCAGCCUUGCUUGGCCUUAAUCCUCCUCAGCUCUGCCCUGCGCAGCCCCCGGUGCCCCCCGAGCCUGCCCCAGCCCCGUGGGGAUGGCAGUGCC